GUCAAGCCCAUUUACCAAGAUAUAACAAAAAAAAAACCCUCGAAGCAGCAGCAGGAGCAUAUUCUUCUUUGGUGAGUUGAAGUUGGAGAAGUGUUCUUGAAUAGGAUCGAGUACGUUGGUUGUUGAAGCUUCAAAGGAAGGAGAAUAGAAUAAGAAUAGCGUUGAGCAUGUCCAUUUUUCUACGAAGAUCACUGAGGAGUCGUUUAUUGAGCUCCAACAAUUUUAAAUUGUUUCUCACUAACUACUUUGAUUCUUCCCAAACCAUCAACCAUCGCCGCCACUUCUCAGAUAACCUCUUUCACUCCGUUUGCUUUCGCUCAACUUCCCUUUUAACUGAAAAUCGCUGCUACGGUUAUGGUUAUUCGCAUCGCCAACACCACCAAUCCACAUGCCGUCGGUUCUUCGCUUCUGAAGCCGCCGCCACCGCCGCCCAACGCUCAACCUCCGAUGGCCUCACGGUGGAGGGAAUUCUCGCCAACAAUUGGAACAUUCUAGACGAUAACGAAAGCGAUUGGAAGAGCCAUGCCUCUGCGGUUGCCCAAUCUAUUCAUCUCAUCAAACGCCGCUUACAGUGGAAGAAAUUGAAGGUAAGGUUGGAUAUGUUAUCUGUGCAGCUGAAUAAGGCAGAUCUUUGGGAUGACCCUGUGCACGCUGGUAACAUUAGCAGAGAGCAUGGAACCCUAAUGGGAAAGGUGAAAGAGGUGAAUGCGCUUGAGCAAGAGUUACUCGAGCAUAUUGACAUGAUUAAGCUUGCUCGUGAUGAGAAUGACUCGGAAUUGGAAUCGGAAUCAUUGAAAGCUUUGCGUGACAUGAGAAAAAACGCAAAGGAAAAAGAGCUAGAGGCACUGCUAGCUGGGGAGCAGGAUUCUUGUUCUUGCUUCAUCGAGGUUCAGGCUGGGGCCGGGGGUACUGAGAGCAUGGACUGGGCUGCAAUGGUUAUGCAGAUGUAUAAAUCAUGGGCCCACCGACGUGGGUAUAAUGUAACUGUAAUAGAUGAAAUGCCUGGUGAGAUUGCAGGAAUCAAGCGAGCUACAAUUAAAGUAGAUGGUGAAUUUGCAUUUGGAUAUGCAAAAGCAGAAGUAGGAGUCCACAGACUUGUGAGAAUAUCACCUUUUGACAGUAAUAAGCGCCGGCAUACUUCAUUUGCUGCAGUAGCUGUGAUUCCAAUCCUUGGUGAUGGAUCUAGUCGUGUACAAAUUAAUGAAUCUGAUCUUCGAAUUGAACGGUUUCGUUCUGGUGGUCCCGGUGGCCAGCAUGCUAAUACAACUGAAAGUGCAAUAAGAAUAAUUCAUAUUCCUACAGGAAUUACUGCAACUUGUCAGAAUGAAAGAUCCCAACAUCAGAAUAAGGCUUCUGCGAUGGCUGUGCUUAAGUCAAGAUUAGACCAACUGGAGAUGGCACGCCAGGCUCAGUUGAAUUCGCAACAUACACAAUCUCUCACGGACAUAACUUGGGGCAGUCAGAUACGCAGUUAUGUGCUCCAUCCUUAUCGUAUGGUGAAAGAUCUUAGAACUAAUUAUGAGGUUUCAGACCCUGACUCUGUCCUUGAGGGAGAUAUAGAUGGCUUCAUCUUGAGCUAUCUAUCAGCUACUUUGGAUAAAGAAGACAGUGAUGCUUGAACCAAUUAAAAUCUCAUUUUUAAUGGGGUGGCUAAUUUCAUAUUUGGUGCUGAAAGGGGGUGUUUUUUUGGGUGCAUUUUUAGUACGAGGCAAAUUCAGUUAUCCUCGAGCACCAUCAUUCCUCGUCGAGGCCUCCUGGUACGAGGAAACAUAACUGUUGGGUGCCUAUUGGUAUUUGCAGUAAUGAAUGAAUACAUGCAAAUAUACAAUUGAAUAUAGAAGUACAAAGUUC